AUGUGUCUCCGGUUUCUAGUGAAAUAUAUAUUGUUCUUCGUGAAUUUUAUAUUCACACUUCUUGGCCUAGCUCUAAUAGGUCUUGGAGUAGCAGCCCUGUACCAGUUCCAGGAGGUAUUCGACACGGUGUUAACCCAGACAAACAUAGACAUCCAUUUCCUGCCUUAUGUUGUUAUUGGAGUGGGAGCAUUUAUAUUUUUAGUUUCAUUCUGCGGAUGUUGUGGGGCUAUUGUGGAAUCAAAGUGUUUACUUAUAACUUAUGCAGUUAUAAAUGGAAUAAUAGCCGCCGCCAAAAUUUACCUGGUCGUUGAAUUGUUAACACAAUAUUCUUAUAUAAGACUAACUGUUGAGAACUAUGUGGACCAGGCCUUCGAUGAUCCAACGUUAAAUCACACCUUCCAUGCUAUGGAAUACCUGUUACAAUGCUGCGGCACAACAGGCCCUGAAUCAUACAACAUUACGUUUCAAAACGUAUCGUACGUCCCACCAACUUGCUGCGGACGUGACAUAAACAUAGGUGAUCUAAUCAACAUCGGGGAGAACGAAAUUCCUGAGGGGGAUAUUUCAGAUUUGUGUACUUUGGAAGAGAGUUUCCAAGUCGGAUGUACUGCGACGUUGGGACAGUUGGUGGAAACUUGGACUCGGAACUUGGGUUACAUACUGAUUGUUGUAAUUGUUGUAGAGGUUGUGGCUCUGGUAUUCGCGUCGUAUUUGGCCAGUACUAUUAAAAUGAAAUAUUAA